AUGAACAUCACUCUCUAUUAUAUAGUCACCCGCCUCCCUGACUCCCUUCGUGUAGUCAGGGACCACUUCCUCUCAGUCUGUCCCACCACUCUCACUGUUGAACUCCUAGAGAAGGCCCUCCUAGCAGAGGAGAAGAGCAUAGUCUCUGUAGGAGCCUGUCGUGGUGAACCUCGCACCCCCAUCUUUGAGGGGUGUUCCCUUUCCCCCCUUUUGCCCUCUGUCGCCUCUGCUGCUGCGGCCGACCUCGUUGGUCUUGAGUCGGUCGCGGGGGUGGUGGAGGUGGCGGUGGAGGCGGCGGAGGAAGUGGGGGUGGAGGUGGGAGUGGUGGCGGGGGUGGAGGUGUCGGUGGCAGCAGUGGAGGCGGAGGCGGCAGAGGCGGUAGCGGUGGGAGCGGAGGCGGCGGUGGUGGCGGAGGUGGAGGAGGCGGUGGUGGAGGAGGUGGAGCUGGUCGGGGUGGCGCUUCGCAGCGGAGCGGCUCCGGUGGUGCGUCAGCGUGGUGGGGGUUUUGGUCCGUGCACCUACGUCUUUCGCACCGGCGACCGCGCAGGUGAGCAGUGUGGGGGUGCCCACCCCACCCAACGCUGCUUUGGCCGCCUGACGGACGCUUGGCGUCAGCACUUCCCGGCGGCUACUGAGAUCCCCCGCUGGGGAGAGCUGUCUAGGGCAAGUGUAGCCAUCUAUGAUCUUGACUUUGAUGCUAUCCUUGCUGCCAUGUAUGCUGUGACUAUUAGUGAUGAGGGUGACUGUUACCGGUGUUUCCCGCCCGACCCGGGCAUCGCGACUGUUGCUCUACGUGUUAGUGAGGCUGCUGCUCUAGGUGCCAGUGCGUCUGCGUCCUCAGGUGCUGGUGAGUCUGCGCUCUCAGGUACCGCGUCGGCUUCGGCCUCUCUCACCUUCACACUUGACUCCGGGGCUUCUCGCUCCUUCUUUCGAGACCGCACCACACUCACGCCGCUUGGUCGGCCGGUUGCAGUCUCCCUGGCAGACCCCUCUAGGGGCCCUGUCCUCUCUCACUUCUCUACUGUCCUCCCGUGUCCGGCUGCCCCCUCUGGCACCUUGUCUGGUCUUUACCUCCCCUUGUUCUCUACGAACUUGGUGAGUGGUGCUGACCUACAGGAUGCGGGGGUUCACCAGUUUACUCUUGCGAGUCAGCGGGUGACCCACUGCUCGGACGCUCGCACAGGCAGGCACCUGGCCACGUUUACGCGUCGGCCGGGGUCGAGCCUCUACACCCUGACCACUGAGUCUCCUCCUGUCCCUGCGUCUGGCCAGGUAGCUGCGUCGGGUCAGGUGUUUGCUGCAGCGUCCAGGUCUGGUCCUGAGUCUGCCCCCUGCUCGUGUCGCCUCCUCUCUCAUAAGACUCUCCUGUGGCACCACCGUCUUGGUCACCCCUCCCUGCCUCGUCUCCGAGGCAUGGCUUCCCGUGUCCUUGUCUCUGGUCUUCCCCGGUCCCUCCCUCCCCUUCCUCCGGGGCCUGGUCCUUCCUGCGUCCCCUGUGUCGAGGGGCGGCUCCGGGCUGCCCCUCACUCCUCUCAGUUUCCCCCGACAGAGGCCCCGCUGCAGACGCUUCACAUGGACGUGUGGGGCCCGGCCCGCGUCCGUGGACAGGGUCACGAGCGCUACUUCCUGCUGGUGGUUGACGACUACUCGCGUUACACCACAGUCUUCCCCUUGCGCAGCAAGGACGAUGUCACUGAGGUGUUGAUCGACUGGAUCCGCGCAGCUCGUCUCCAGCUCAGGAGGAGCUUCGGCUCGGACUUUCCUAUUCUGCGUCUGCACUCUGACCGAGCGGAGAGUUCUCUGGCAUUCUGCGAGCCUACUGCCGUAGGCGAUGCGUUUCCGUUCCGUGUCUGGGGAUCUCGGGCGUUUGUCUGCAACUUGUCUGCGGACAAGCUGUCCCCUCGUGCUGCUCCCUGUGUCUUCCUUGGCUCCCCCCCUGACGCACCACGGUGGCAGUUCUACCACCCCUCCUCUCGUCGUGUUCUGUCCUCCCAGGACGUCACGUUCGACGAGUCAGUCCCCUUCUACCGCCUCUUCCCCUACCGCACUCCUUCCCUCCCCCCUCCUCCGCUCUUCCUUGUGCCAGUCGAGCCGGUCGAGGUUGCUGGUGACUCUGGUACUGCUGCGGGUGCUGAGCCUGGGGGUGCUAAGACUGGGGGUGCUGAGCUUGGGGGUCCUUUGCCUGGCGGUGCUGAGCCUGGGGGUGCUACGUCAGGAGCCGCUGAGCCUGGGGGUGCCACGUCUGGAGCUGCUGAGCCUGGGGGUGCGGAGCCAGCGGUCGCUGGACCUGCUAAUGUGGCGUUUGGCGGUGCAGGGCCUGGAGGUUCUCCGGGUGCUUCGUCUCGGCGAGGAACACUCUCUCCACAGGAGCUGCGCGAGUGGUUUGCCCGGCGCUGGAGGCGUACUGCUGGAGCUGGUGCUUUUUCGGCUGCUGAGGGUGCUGGUGCCGCCGGUCUCGGAGGUGCUCGUCCUGGGAGUGCUGGAGCUGCUGGGCCUGGGAGUGUCGGAGCUGCUGAGGGUGUUGGCGCUGAGGCUACUGCUGUCAGUCCUGGCGGCGGUCCUGCUGCGGGUGCUGCUGGUGCUGUUGGAGGUACUGGAGCUGGAGGUGCUGUUGGCGCUGGUGCUGCCGCUGGGGGUGCUGGUCCUGUCCCUGCUUUACAGUCACAGUUACCGCCUGCCUCCCCAAUGCCUGCUCCUUCUCCGUACGCUGGUCCUACUGGAGGUGUUGCUAAGCGUCGUGAGCCUGCGUCUCGUCCUGCGUCGCCUGUUCGUGCUGCUCGCACUAGUGGUCGCGGUUCCCGUCAGCGUCCUCCUCCUGUCCCUGGCACGCACCGGAUGUCUCUGCGUCCGUCCACUGCUCCUCUGCAUGUCCCUUUGCCUUCUCCUCCUGCGUCCUCUCUUCCUGCUCUUGCCGACCCGGAGUCGGACUCUCUUCGUGCUGCCAGUCCUACUAUCACGCGUCUCCUUGCUACUGUCGUCACUGACCCUUCCUUUGAGUCCACUGCUGCGUCUGCUCUUGUUGCUGAGCUCGUCAACUUUGCUGCUCGCUCUCGUCUAGACUACGCUGCUAGUCUUGUUGCUGAGUCUUCGUCUGUCUGUCCUCCUUCCGUCGGGGGUGAGUGUGCUCUUGGCACGGACGUCCUUGAGGAUAGGCAGGAGGAGUUCCAGUGUCUGGCUGCUUCUUCACCUCAUCUCGUGUCCGUACUGCUUACCCCUGAGGGAGACCCGGAUGCACUUGACAUCCCGACUCCGCGCUCUUACGCGGAGGCCAAGUCCACAGGCACCUACGUUGACGCGAUUCCCCCAUCUGGGGCGAACAUCGUCAGUGGCAUGUGGAUCUUCAGGGUGAAGCGGCCGCCAGGUUCUCCACCUGUCUUCAAGGCGCGGUACGUGGCUCGUGGCUUCAGUCAGCGGCAGGGAGUUGACUACUUUCAGACCUUCUCUCCCACCGCGAAGAUGACCACUCUUCGGGUGCUGCUGCACAUAGCCGCUCAGCGCGACUACGAGCUUCACUCGCUUGACUUCAGCAUUGCUUUCUUGCAGGGUAGCCUGUACGAGGAGAUCUGGCUGCGCCGUCCUGCUGGCUUCACUGGGACUUUUCCUCCUGGCACCCAGUGGAGCCUCCGACGGCCAGUCUACGGUCUCCACCAGGCGCCCCGUGAGUGGCACAACACACUGAGGACUACACUUGCGGCUCUUGGGUUUGCUCCCUCUACUGCCGACCCGUCGCUGUUUCUACGCACCGACACCUCUUUGCCGCCGUUCUACAUCCUCGUGUACGUCGACGACUUGGUCUUUGCCACUACUGACACUGCUGGACUCGCCCACGUGAAGUUCGAGCUGCAGAAGAGACACACGUGCACAGACCUGGGUGAACUGCGCAGCUACCUUGGCUUGCAGAUCACCCGGGACAGAGCACGCCGCACCAUUACCUUGACUCAGUCACACAUGGUGCAGCAGGUCCUUCAGCGCUUCGGCUUCACGUACUCCUCGCCUCAGGCCACUCCUCUGCCUACUCGCCACUCGCUCUCAGCUCUGCCUUCGGAUGAGUCCGUAGAGUCGAGUGGCCCGUACCCAGAGCUUGUUGGCUGCCUCAUGUACCUGAUGACUUGCACACGACCUGACCUUGCAUACCCUCUUAGCAUUCUUGCACGCUAUGUUGCUCUUGGGAGACACAGACCAGAGCACAUGGCUGCAGCGAAGAGGGUGUUGCGCUACUUGUGCAGUACGUCAGGCAUGGGGCUAGUGCUUGGAGGGCAGAGUCCGGUGGUCCUCACUGGGCACGCAGACACUUCUUGGGCUGACGACCAGGCUACGCAGCGGACGUCACAGGGUUACACCUUCAGCCUUGGUUCCGGCUCUGUUUCGUGGCGGGCUACUCGCUCGUCUUCUGUUCUCGGCUCCAGUUGUGAGGCUGAGAUCUACGCCGGAGCCAUGGCUGCUUAG